AUGUGGAAAGCAAUGAAAGAAAUAAUUAGAAACGAGCCAAUAGAUAUGCAAAGUAUGAGUGACCAUCAAGCUCAUACACUUGAUCCUAUUUUAAGAUUAUUUUUGGAACAUACAUAUGAAGCCAUUGUUGAUGCAGGAAUCAAUCCAGUACAAUUAAAUCAAAAAAAUGUUGCUACGAUUGUUGCAACAUCUAUGUUAGAAUCUCAAGAAGCAUUUUUAUACAGGGACUGGCAGAUCAAUAGUUUAAAUAUUGUUGGUUGUUCCAAAACCACGGUAGCAAAUUUAAUUACUUAUUGGCUGGAUUUGAAAGGAUCAUCGUAUUUAGUCGAUACAGCCUGCAGCGCUAGUCUUUAUGCUAUAACGUUGGCUUAUAAUAUCAUCACAUCUGGUAGAUGUGAAAGCGCAAUUGUUGCCGCUGGAAAUCUAUGUCUACAGUCGACACCGACUAGGCAGUUUUCUCGUCUUGGUGUUUUGUCACCAACUGGUUAUUGCAGACCUUUUGAUGUAAACGCAAAUGAAUACUGUAGGAGUGAAACAGUAUCGGUAAUAUAUCUUCAAACAGCGAAACAUACAAAAAGAAUUUAUGUUUUGUGCAAACAUAUUACAAUAAAUAGCGAUAGAUACAAAGAAAAAGGAAUAACAUUUCUCUCGGAAAUUAUGCAAACACGUUUAUUAACUGAGUUUUAUCAACAUUGCGACAUAUCGCCAACUAAUGCGUUGAAACGCACGGUACCGGCACAAAAGCCGGAGAUCCUAAAAACACCGUUGUGGAUUGGCUCCGUGAAAUCCAAUCUUGGUCACGCUGAACCGGCCAGCGAUAUGAAUCAGAUCGCUAAGGCGAUAAUUGCAAUGGAAACUGGCUUUAUUCCAGCAAUGAUCAACUUUACAUUGCCACAAGAAGACAUAGAAUCUCUAAAAAAUGGAUCUGUACGCGUUGUUACGGAACCAACGCGUCUAACAAACGGUUUUAUAUCAAUGAACUCAUUUGGGUUCGGCGGAGCCAAUAGCCACAUGUUGUUACAGUGGAACCGAAAAAAAAAGACCAAUAACGGUGCACCAAAUGAUGACUUUCCAAGACUUGUUCCUGUAUCUGGACGCACUGAAGAAUCAGUGAAGUCGUUUUUAAAAGAC